AUGCUCAGUUCUGUGUCUAGGUCACUGCCAUUCCGCGUAGUCACACUUCGACCACAGUGUCCCGAGCCAACUUACCUAUCAGAUGCCACGAAGACUCAACCCGACUUCACGGUUCGGAAGAAACUGCGCAUACCCGACCUUAAACAGUUGGAGGGCUGUAACUUCCUCUGGGAUGGUGGUAUCAACCUGCAAACUCCCGAACGCGGGAAGUCAUAUGUCACAACAGGCUUGAUCUUACCAGGGCCAGAGUCGCCUGCUAGAGCUGCAAAUAUACGCAUACGACGCUCUAAUUAUGGUUCAAGAUUGCUGCAAUCACCAGCUCGUGCAGGCUACGCAACCCGUAUGCGGCAGAUGUUCGAGGAUGCCGGGCAUCAUCGCCAUGAAGAGCAGAGCAAUGUAGCUAUGCUGCUGUACCCACAGCUACCCAACAUCUCCCGAAAGGCAGCCCUUUCGCCAGUUAGGUCGCCCAACAGAAGCGGUGCAGCACACCAAGCCAUCACGCACGCAUCGUCCACGUACCGUCCUGAGUCCCUAUGUCUGCCAAACAAGCCAUCUUUGCCUGUGUCAUCAGCUGGAGCGCCACAUGCGAGUCUACUGUGCCCAUUUGAGCGCUCGUCGGGAUCCUGGUCGGAUGAUUCGGGGUAUAUCGUGACAACGCGGUCUCGAAGGUGCAGCUUGACUAUUGCAACAGAUGAGCGAAUACGCACCUGGCUUCUCGAGCUGCGCGACCACAAAAUGAAAAAUGCUCAGGAGGGCACCGAUGAGGGACUGCAUCCGGCAUCUAAUGCAUAUUCAUGCCAGGAUACGGACGUGUCUGUCCCCGACGAGGCACUAACUGGCAACAAUGGAGAGCCAGCACUGUUUACAAAAGACCCGUUCGUGUACGAUGGCGACGCAUCAUCCCUAACUGAGCUUCACGAAAAGAGAGUUGCUACAGCAUUCUUCGAACGCCGUCCCAUACGCGACACAUCGGAUGUCUGCAAGCCUCUCAAGCUCGACUACCUCAACCAGACGUAUACGACGCCUCCAAGACAGGUUGUCGGUACCUCAGCAGAAUCCCACCGAGAUACUGCAGAGGCGAAGAAGUGGGUAAACGGAAGUGAGCUUCUCGAAGAGGGCGGCGUACAAUUGAGCCCGCUCAGCCCGAAUGUGUGCGUCGAGCGGGGACCUUCUCGAUAUCACUCGCCUCGCAGACCUUUACAAAUUAGCCAUGUUGCGACGCCGAGCAAAAGUUGUCCUGAUCAAGGGUUUCAGGCGCCGCAAUUGAAGGAGAAUGUCGUCUUGCAACACAAAGAGUGUACUGGCAGUGGUGUUCCGUUGGCACCUCGCGGCAACGGACUGGGUACGAGGUUUCGACGACCCCAGUAA